GGGCCUGUCCUUUAUAUGUUGCCAGUCCCAAACACAGGGUGCCUAUUUAAAUCAACUGCUUGGGAGCAUUAUUCGACAGUAUUUUGGGCGAUUUCUCCCUUCUUCUCCGACUGCGCUUGGAGCCGGACAGCAUCCCAUGCUGACUGCUUUGUGCAGCUCCAUUACAGCCCCCCAGGUGCUACGUCUACGGAAGACCACUCUGCAUGUCAUAAAUGAGAACUACCUGCAAUUCAAAGGUACCGCUCCACCUCCGCGCUUGGCCUCCGUUCUUGCUUUCGUUCUGGAAGUGCUUCAGAGAACCCAGAGCACUGAACUGUGCGACAUCGACUUAGUUCUCCCGGCCGUGCUGAAAUGCUUGGUGUUGGUUAACGAGCCGCAAGUUAAAAAGAUAUCUACAGACAUUGUACAGUACAUGGUAGAAGGCUGCCAAGCAGGGUCAGGAGAACGUGCCACCCAGCUGACUUCUGUAUUUAGGCAGUUUAUCCAGGACUAUACUGCCGUGUAUGAUCACCGGGUUUUCAGCAUACUAGAAACGGUGGCGGUCUUGGAUCAGACGUUGGUUACCAGCCUGAUUCCCACAAUCACACAGUCUCUGAAGGAUUCUGAGCACAAACAAGGUCUUGGAAGAAAUGCUGCACAGAGAGAAGCCUAUAAAAGACUCUUAUCUUACCUCGCAGAGGCUGGGCGAAAUGAGAUACAAAAACUGGAAAAUGAGACAGGUUAGCAGGGUGCUGGUG